AUGCUCUCACUUACCUCGACAGCAACAAGUGAAACAAUGCUUGUAACCAAUGAUACCAUCGAAAAAGAUGAGCCAGAGAUGUAUGUAUCUUCUCGCUCGGAACCAGGCGGGGAUGAUAAACUUAAGCGACCCUGCAUAAGUCCAUCACCUGCAAAAGGGCAAAUAAAGUCACCUCGUGUUCAGGAGUUCCAAUCUCUAAAAUGUCGAUGUGAACGAUCCUUUGUUAGCAUCUCUGAGUUCGUCUUACACGCUCAGACAUGUUCCGAAUUAAUGCUUUUAACGGAAAACGCAGUCGACUUGAGUUUUCAAUCCCAAAAUCCGGAUAAAACAGAAUUGGUGAAAGCAGCACCACCACUCACAACUGAUGCUCUGGACCUCACCGUCCGUGGUAUUGAAUCGACAGCAGAGGGUUUAACCACCACAAAUCCUACGCUCACUUGUCCUGAAUGCAAAGUGAACACGGUGAGUCACAUGCAAUUGCUACGUCACUUUGAAUCCGCUCACGGUGUUUAUGGGAACUACACAUGUUUCUGUGGUGUAGAAUUCGGUUGGCUUCCAGCUUUCUUGAGUCAUCACCUUCUUUGUCCAACAAUAACCUCUAAAAACCCACAAAAUGCAGAUUUUGAUAAUAAUGUCUUAAAGAGGCAGAUUCCAUUGCAACUUAAGCAAACAAGACCGCCGCUUAUAAGCACCCAACCUCAGCCCGAUCUUUCUCGACCAUUCAAGUGUUGCCACUGUGUGAAGUCCUUUAAAUCGAAGGCCCUUCUUGAUCAGCAUAUGCAUAUCCACUAUCCACCAAAGUACACCUGCCGCUACUGCGCAAAAAAGUACCGCUGGCCCCCAGUCUUCUAUCAUCACCAACGCACCUGCAAGAAGAGACCCUCCACAGCUGCAGUUAGUGGCACUGCAAGUAACUCCUCGAUUGGAAGAGCCAAUGAACCCAUCCAAACUCGUGGUUAUGGACCGCGUGUUCAACAAACACCCACUUAUCGGUUUCCAGCACCACUGCCACCACCGCCAAUCUCCGUUCCAGCUCUCUUUCUCCUCAACUCUUCAACACAGGAACCCCGGCCAUCGAUUCCUUCUACUCUUCUACUACCACCACCACCACCACUUCCACCGGCCUUCGCCAGAUCUUGGGAGAGGAGGGAAGCAGAUCAGCUUAUGAAUAUGGCUUCUUUUCGCCUGCCGCCCUUUCCCUUACCUUUAGGUGUAAACCCUGAACUUCUUCGACUUCCUGGACCGCCUCCGCUACCUCUACCACCACCACCCCCAAUACCGCCGUUUUACUCCGCACUAGAGAGUCAGACCUCCAACGUCUGUGCCAAAAAUGCUGCUUCGAGCGAGAUGCCAUCUUCCGUGACUUGCAUGUGCGGAACAGUCUUUGAGAGUCUCUCGCCCUACCUCAGCCACAUAUCUGCUUGCUCGCUAUUUGGGAGAGCUUUGAGCAUUCCCCCACCGUCUGUGGAAGAGGCUAACUCAACAAUGUUUCUAGCAAAUAUGAUUUCUGUGCUUGAAAAGUGUAAACCGGAGUUUUUCCAGCAGUUUCUUAAUCUAAAUUCGCCCCAGAGUGAAGCGCAAGACAAUGGAUGCAAUAUGUGCGAUCAAUGCGGCAAGGAGUUUUCGUCGCGUCUUUCACUUAAGCAGCAUGUGGAGGGCAAACACAGCACCGAGGGAAAGUACCAGUGUCCAGGCUGUGCAAAGCGAUACCGUUGGGGUGCCUCUUAUUACUACCACAAGAAAUCCUGCCCCGCAGUAUCUCGAGAGGACGAGGACAACUUCAUGGAAGAUGAACUCUGCUCGUCUCCAUUGAAUGCUGAGAAUGUAAACGAAAAUAGUGUGUGUGCCGUCAUGCUUAUCCAGUCCGCCGCGGAGCUACUAGAACGACAGCAGCAUAGCAGUCAGCUGCAGGUAAAGCCAGUCCAUCAGCAACAAGAAUUUCUGCUCCGUGAAAAUCAGAAAGAGACUCUGACGGUACAAGGCAAUGCAGAAUAUGAUGGAAACAGGGACUUAAUGAAGGCGAGUAUCAAACAGGAGUCAGGAGGAAGCAAUACUGAUUUCGGAGCUCGUGAUCUAAUGGGCCUGGGCGGUUUUAUUGUUCCCCCAUGUCAGUCCCUCAACCGGGUCGAACUUCAGUUGAAAAUGCACAGCAAUUUUACACCACCACCACCACCACCACCUCUACCACUGCAGCCGCCAUGUGUGAUUUACGCCCUCCUCGAUUGA